GUCUUUCGUGCCUAAGGCCACCGGCUAAAAGUACAGAAAUACCUCAGCUAAGCUGCUUAUGAGGUCCUCCAGAAAAUAGCUUGGCCCCUUUCUACUUCCCCCAUCCAUCCCUCUUCCCCAUUGGUCCACAGCCCUUCUGCCCUCCCAACCGCUGUACCUGUUCGUCUCUUCUGGAUGAGAAGGGCAGACUUUGACAGGACACGUAGACACAGUAAACGGAAGGACAAAAUGGCGGUCUUAAAGGUAACGUUCACCAAGACCACUCGGGGCAAGCUAUCCCAGGUGUUGUGGGUCCUCAACUGGAUCUCUGUGUUAACGGGCAUCAUCCUCUUCAGCCUGGGCCUCUUCCUGAAGGUGGAGAUCCAGAAACGAAAGGAGCUAAUGUCCGCUGAUGUCCACUCAGUGCCCGACAUGCUCAUCGCCACGGGCCUGGUUGCCUGCGCCAUCAACUUCCUGGGCGGCAAGAUCUGCUACGAUUGCGUUGACACCACCAAGUUCCUGCGCUGGAAGCUGCUGAUGCUGCCGUACAUCGUGUGUACCUUCCUCUUUACCUUCUGCAUCCUGGUGGGCGCGCUCAUGUGCUACAGCAUGCGGAACGAACUGGAGGAGUCACUGUUUCUGGGAUUGCGUAACGCCAUGCUCUACUACAAGGACACAGGCACGCCGGGACGAUGUUAUCUCAAGCGCACAGUGGAUUUGCUGCAAAUCCAAUUCCAGUGUUGCGGAAACGCCGGCUUCCGCGAUUGGUUCCAUGUCCAAUGGAUCAACAACCGCUGGUUGGACAUGACCCACAGUGAAGUAACAGAUCGUCUGAGGAGUAACGUGGAGGGCAAGUACCUGAUGGAUGGGGUACCUUUUAGCUGCUGCAACACCUUCUCUCCACGACCCUGCAUCCAGACACAGGUCACCAACAACUCCGCUCACUACAACUAUGAUUGGAAGACGGACGAGCGCAACCUGUGGACGAGGGGCUGCCGCCAGGUCCUGCUGGAUCAUUACACCAACAUCAUGCAGUCCAUCGGGUUUAUCGUGCUCAUCAUCUGGUUGUUCGAGCUAUGGGUGCUGACGGGCGUGCGCUAUCUCCAGACAGCUAUGGAGAACGUUCUACGGCAGGGUAACCCCGACCUGGAGUCUGACGGCUGGCUCCUGGAGAACAGCAUUGCCCAGACGGCCCGCUCUAACUUCAAAAUCAUCAAGAACCUAGGCAAGUGCUACCAGGUGGACGAUGAUCCUAACAUCGAUGUGCCCAGCACCGCUCAGCAAGAGGUAUCCACUUGCCAGAUCCCUGUGGCUAGAUAGCAUAGCGCAGCGUCCCUGGGCCAGGGCUGAGGCACGCAAAUGGGCAUCAAGUCCCACUGCCACUAGGUGUAAGCCUUUUGGAUGGCAGAUCUGUCUCCAGAUUAAACGUGCGACAGCUGUGAACUGAGGGAUCGAAGGUGAGAGCGAGUGCAGCAGGGCAGGCUCAAGGACAGCCUACACAGAGCGAGUG